AUGUCAGACGAAAAUCAUACCGAUGGUUCCAAUUACGGAUACACUCCAUCUGCCUCUUGGUGCAUUGCUUUCAUUGUUCUUUUCUCUGUAUCUGCCACCGUCCACUCCAUCCAAGCUUUCAGAUUUAGAUACUGGAUUGUGUAUCCCACUCUAGUACUGGGCGCGUUGACCGAAAUCUUGGGAUGGUCAGCAAGGUACUGGUCAAGUCAGAAUGUCACUUUACUGACUCCAUUUUUGAUGCAAAUUUCGACAUUGAUCAUGGCUCCAGUGUUCUUCUCUGCCUAUGACUACGUCGUACUUGGAAUGGCGAUCAACAGACUAGGUCCCCAGUACUCUCUGUUGAAGCCUAAAUAUUAUUUCGCGACAUUCAUCACAGCAGAUGUCAUCUCACUUGUGCUUCAAGCCAUUGGUGGUGGAAAAGCUUCAGCCGCUGCUGGUGACGGAGUUCCCACUGCUUCAGCAACCAACAUCAUGGUCGCUGGUAUCAUCUUCCAAUUGAUAUCCAUGGGUAUCUUUAUGCUGUUGGGAGCGGACUUCAUCAUCCGAGCCACAGCAGAAAAACCGUAUCAAUUUCAAUUGAGACGGAUCGCAACGGAGACAGAAAAGAGAACAAGAAGAUCCUCUGCACAAACUUUGACUGAAGUCGAUACAGAAAGUCAAGGUAAACCUGAACAAGAUACCGAAGCUCAACAUGUUAGGGAAGAACAAAGUAGUGAACACGAGCACAUCAGAGCUUGGUGGAUCCUCCUCGUCGGUGUCGCAAUCAGUAGUACUAUGAUUCUCAUUCGAGGUAUCUACCGAUCGAUUGAAUUGACCCAAGGAUGGACCGGCCACUUGAUGACCACAGAAAUGUACCAGAACAUCUUGGACGCGUUGAUGAUGCUCAUCGCCGUCGUCAUAUACAACUUCAUCAACCCAGGCUACUUAUUACCCAAGAAGAAAACUUGGCGAGGGUAUCACUAG